AUGAACUCGAUCAAGCGGCAGAAACAGCGCAAGGUGCUGCUGAUGGGCAAGAGCGGGGCUGGCAAGUCGUCGAUGAGAAGCAUCGUGUUUAGCAACUAUGUCGCCAAAGACGUCCGUAGGCUGGGCGCGACAAUCGACGUCGAGCACAGCAAUAUCAAGUUCAUGGGAAACCUGAUGCUCAAUCUCUGGGACUGUGGAGGUCAAGACGGCUUCGUCGAGAACUAUCUCAACCAAUCUAGGAACCACGUCUUCGGCUCCGUCGCUGUCCUCAUCUUCGUCUUCGACAUCGAAUCACGCGAAUUCGCAGCCGAUGUCGUCUCUUACUCCAACAUCAUACGUGCCCUUCAUGAGUGCAGUCCCGGCGCCAAGGUCUUCUGCCUCAUACACAAGAUGGAUCUUGUGCAAGCCCGCCUUCGCCAAGCCAUGUUCGACGAACGCGCCGAGUACAUCCGCGAGGCUAGUGAAGGCUUCAAAGACACUGUCGAGUUCUUUGCGACCAGUAUCUGGGAUCAGAGCUUAUACAAGGCUUGGACGAAGAUCAUCUACUAUCUGAUCCCCAACGCGGGCACCAUCGAGGCGCUGCUGGAACAGCUGGCAGAGGUCAUCGAUGCGAGAGAACUCAUUCUGUAUGAGCGGACGACAUGUCUCACUGUUGCCCAUGUCACAAGACAGACCGAAGAAUCAAAUCCCUUCACAGAUCGUUUCGAGCGCAUUUCAAGCAUCCUCAAGACACACAAGCAGAGCAUGGCAAAACACACAAAUAUCCCCGCCGGUAGCGCAAACUUUGCAGAAAUGCAAAUCAAAACCGGUCGCUUCAUGUUCUUCAUCACACGCCUGACCGAAAACACAAAUCUCGCAGUCGCCAUCCCACCUUCCGAACAAGUAUUCAACGCUGCCCGUGUGAACAUCUUCCAGGUGCGACCCAAGUUUGCCGAACUCGAUAUCGCAGCGAAACCAAGACCUCCUAUCCAGCAGGCCUUCGCCGGGAGUGCUGACACAAGCGAUAGUACAGACAAAGGGAAGCAGAAGGAGGUAGGAUAUGCCUCCGGAGUUUAG